AGGGAUAUACAGUGAAGAAGGCAUUGAAAGAAGGAGAGAAAGAACCAAAGUUCUACUACUACCACUCACUGGUAGUUCAAGAAAGCAGCAAGACAAAAACCCAUAAACAACAUGAAGUCUCUGACUCUCCUGACCAUUUGUGCCGUUCUYUCGGUCUCCCUGUCCAUGAACGAUCUGGCUCCUGAUGUGSUUCUCGAUCCUGCUCCUGACCCUGCCGCUGAACCAGCACCAGCCGCAGACUCCUCCGCAUCUUCAUCAGCUUCCUCCUCUUCCUCCUCGGCCUCCGACUCAUCAGCCUCCGACUCCUCGGAUUCGGACUCUUCCUCAUCCUCUUCAGAGUCUUCUUCUUCAGAGUCAGCUAGUGCUGAAGGUCUGGCAUCUCUCUAACUAACUCUAAAUGGUGUCAUUGCUCAGCAGUGUGCUGAUGUAAAGUUAACAGAUSCAUUGAAGUCUGAAACGUUGUUCCCUCUGCUGCUAUUGGACCAGGUCUCUCUUGGAAAAGAGAUAUUAUCUCAAUGAGAAAAAACCUGUAUAAAUAAAGGUAAAAUAAAAUGUUAAAAUAAAAUUGAUACUAGCAGAUAGUGUAUGCAGUGUAUGCAGAUCUGCAUAGAAACGGAAGAGGGUAGCCUUCUUUGUGUUUGUAUAUGRAAUGUUAUCAGUUUAAGGAAAUGUGUAAGAGUAUGUGUACAGGUUUGUAUUGACAUUUACAAAAAAUGGGAAGUAAAACUGUUCAUAAAUAUAGGCUACCGUAGCUGCUCUAAAAAAGCAAAACCACAUUUGUACUGUGUAAGGGUUGAAGUGCGUGUGUGUGUGUGUG